AUGGUAGUAAAAGAGGAAGCUCUCGGAGCAAGAGAGGAAGUAAGAAGGGAGUUUCAGCGAGAAAAAUGGAAAGUUCUAGAAAAGGGAAUAGUCAGAGAAAGAUCAAAUCGAGUAGAGGGGAAGGUUCAAAUAGGGAUAAAGAGGGGUCUAGAAGAGACGGCUCCAGAAGAGAAGGCUCCAGAAGAGAAGGCUCCAGGAGAGAUGGCUCCAGAAGAGGCGAAGGAUCGAAGAGAGGAAGUCAGAGAAAAGUGA